UUUGUAGUGCAGUAUAGGUCUAGUGGUCUAGUUCCAUGCUAGUCUUGUAGGCUUGGACCUUGGACGUUCUUGCUUGUGUGUGUGUGUGUGUCCCGUGGAGGUCAACGGGACUUUCUGCCGCUGAUACUUUUUAAUCGCCUUUCCUCGUGUUGCCUUGCAGAUGCAAUGGCUUUCUCCCUCUUGCGGAUCAGUAGAUGCAUCGCCGUAGUACCAGGCCUCCCGACCAGCUGCAAUGUUGCGGUUGCGAGAAGCACGGUACAUAUGCAGCAAGUGGCCGGCAUGAAAACCAGAGCAUUCAGGGAACGUGUCCCUAAACCAAAGCCCUUUCCGUACGAGACGAAGGAGUACAAAAGCUGGCGCAGCCUUUUCGACGAGACACUGUCCCGUUUCGACGAGAACACGCGCUUGAUUGUAGUGGAAGGGAACAUCGGAAGUGGGAAGUCCGCUCUCGCCAAGACCAUCGCUGAAGAGUUCGAGCUGAAGCACGUUCCAGAGGUCUGCUUGGACAACUUCUACGUGGAUGACUACGGUUUCGAUUACCGUAGCGUAAACAAUCUCUUACCAGAGUCUUGUAGGAUGUUCGACAUGAAGCAGUUCUACCAGGACCCUCACAACAUAGUUGUGGCGAAAAUGCAAAUGCUAAUAUAUACCUUAAGGUUUGAGCAAUACGUCGACGCCCUGGUGCACAUAAUGAACACAGGUCAGGGAGUUGUCUUGGAGCGCAGCUGCUACUCUGACGUCGUCUUUGCUAGUGCAAUGCACAAGUUUGGCUACAUCUCUCCGAAAGCAUUGAAGAUGUACCAUAAAUGUAGGAAAUACACUCUUUUUCAACUCCUGAAGCCACACUUGGUCAUUUACCUCGACGUCCCCAGCGACAUUUUGCUCCAGAGGAUCCGUGAGCGGAAUCGACCAGAAGAAGUGAACUCAAAGGUUCUCACAAAGGCUUAUCUAGAUGAAAUUGAAUCGGGCUAUAAGAAGGACUAUCUUCGCUCAAUAAGGAAGGAAACUGAAUUGCUGAUGUACGACUGGUCACACUUUGGAGACGCUGAAAUGGUGCUCGACGACAUUGAGCACAUUGACUUUGAGGGUUACCUAGACGACCCGUAUGGACCCAUGAUGGCCGACUGGAAGAAGAAACCGGACCUUUGGGAAUGGUAUCGUUAUCGGAUGACCGCUGAAAAAGAUGAAGUCAUGGGGAGCAUUGCCAUGGAUUUGUUUGAAGCUCCAGAGCUUGCCACUUCUGGAGAAGACCAACAAGUGACGGAGGACAUAAUGGAAAAGUUCAACAACAAGCGGCAGUACUUCAUGAAGGUUACAACAGGCAGCUAGGAGACAGAGGGGUCCUGUUCCGGAUGAAGAAUAUCAGCAAGUGGGAACAGAUGAAGUACAGGUGGGAUUUCAACAAGUACUAACCUUAUUAAGCCCACAUGGAUGACGAAUGGCAUACUAGAAAUAAAUAUUAUUACCUCCA